AUGAAAGCCCUUAUUCUUGUCGGUGGCUAUGGAACACGUCUACGUCCGUUGACACUUACAAAACCGAAACCAUUAGUUGAAUUUUGUAAUAAACCAAUGGUAUUACAUCAGAUUGAAGCUUUAGCACAGGCUGGUGUGACACAUGUGAUCUUAGCGGUUAGUUAUUUAUCGGAUAUGCUUCAACGUGAUAUGGAAGUAGAAGCUAAACGAUUAAAUAUAAAAAUAACACUUUCUCAAGAAACGGAGCCAUUAGGAACAGCUGGCCCAUUGGCAUUAGCCCAUAAUCAACUUCAAGGAGAUAUUGAUCCAUUCUUCGUGCUCAAUUCUGAUGUUAUAUGUGAAUUUCCAUUUGCAGACAUGAUUAAAUUUCAUAAAUCUCACCAAUGUGAAGGAACUAUCUGUAUAACGAAAGUUGAAGAACCAUCAAAAUACGGUGUAGUUGUCUAUGAGCACGAUACGGGUGCAAUCGAACGAUUUGUUGAAAAACCACGUGAAUAUGUUUCUAAUAAAAUCAAUGCUGGAUUAUAUAUAUUCAAUUCAUCUAUACUUGAUCGAAUUGAAUUACGACCUACAUCAAUCGAAAAAGAAAUUUUUCCAGCUAUGGCUGCAGAUAAACAAUUAUAUGCGUAUGAACUUAAAGGUUUUUGGAUGGAUGUUGGUCAACCAAAAGAUUAUCUAACAGGCAUGAGUUUAUUUUUAAACUAUGUUCGAAAUUCCAAUCCCGAGCGAUUAUCACGUGGGAAUGGAACUGUUGGCAAUGUGUUAUUGGAUCCGACAGCAACAAUUGGCGAACGAUGUCGAAUAGGACCCAAUGUCGUCGUUGGACCUCGUGUAAUUAUUGAAAAUGGUGUUUGCUUGAAAAACUGUACUAUACUAGCAGAUUCAUUAGUGAAAAGUCAUUCCUGGAUUUCGAGUUGUAUUAUUGGUUGGCGAUGUACUAUUGGGAAAUGGGUGCGUAUGGAGAAUAUUACUGUACUUGGACUUGAUGUAUCAGUGCAAGAUGAAUUAUUUAUCAAUGGUGGUGUGAUAUUACCACAUAAAGCAAUUAGUGAAAGUGUUUCAGAACCUAAAAUUCUUAUUUAG